UACUGCAGCAUUUAGUGCUCCGGCAAUCAUUUGUGUGGAUAUUGAGAGAAUAUAUAAUUGCCUGUCUGAAAGGAAAUUAAGUCUUGCUUUUUAUGGAAAGAUGGAUCACAGGAUGAACACAACUGAAAAUCUGUUCAGCACGUUCAGUGACUACAAUUACGACGAACAGUAUGCUCCAUGUGAUAUGGGAUCUGCAAAUGUUUUUGGUGCAACCUUCCUACCAGUCCUGUACUCCCUCGUGUUUCUCUUUGGUCUACUAGGGAACACACUUGUGUUGUGGGCUGUUUUAAAACAUAGACGUCUUACGAAAUUGACAGACAUUUAUCUUUUCAAUUUAUCAUUGUGUGACUUGCUGUUUGUGAGCACACUUCCUUUCUGGGCAUAUUCUGCUGCAAAUCAAUGGAUUUUUGGAGAAGCCUUUUGCAAGAUUGUUUCUGCUGCUUAUGAGCUUGGCUACAAUGGUGGCACAAUGUUCAUAAUCUUGAUAACUGUAGACCGCUACCUUGCAAUUGUUCACGCUGUAUUUUCGGUCAGGACUAGGACUGUUCGAAAUGGGAUCAUUUCAAGUGUAGUGAUGUGGUGUGUAGCUUUGGUUGCCUCAUUUCCCACAAUGAUAUUUAACAAAAUUGAAAGAGUUGGGGAAAGAUUUGUUUGCCAUUCUUUCUUUCCACAGGACAAUGUUUCAAAUUGGAAACUUUUUAUCCUUUUCAAAUCCAUUGUUUUGGGUUUUUGUGUUCCAUUAGCUUUUAUAGUUUUCUGUUAUACAAGAAUAAUUCAAACCCUGCAUAAAAACAGGAGCUAUAAGAAACACAGGGCUAUAAAACUUAUAUUUACUGUGGUCAUUGUGUUUUUUGUAUUUUGGACACCGUACAAUGUUGUGAUGUUGCUGGAGUCAUUGAGAGAACAGAAUGUUUUAACAGGCUGUGAGUUCCGAAUACAUCUACUGAUUGCCCAGCAAGUAACUGAAUCCUUGACGUUUGUACACUGCUGUUUAAACCCAGUCAUUUAUGCAUUUCUGGGUGAAAGAUUUCGAUUCUAUCUCCGCAGACUUCUUUACAGCUGUUUGCCCCCAUCAUUUAGAUAUAAAAUCAGUGACCAAUCUAAUUCUUGUGUUUUACCUGCUUCUGUCCGUUCACAAUUCUCUGGGGACCACGAUUCCUCCACACUUCUGUAGUUCAGUAUUUCAGGUGCCAUAUUGCAAUAUGGAGUUACAAUACAUUUACAGGGAACCUUUAAGUCUUUCCCUUUUGAAUGAAUUCUCUCUAAAGUUGUUUCUGUUUUUGGACCUUUUUUGUCAUUUAAAGAGCUAUUUAUCAUUUUAACGUCCCUAUUUAUCAUUUUAACUUCCCUUACUUCAUGUCAUGUCGUGCAUUAUUGUGCCUCUCAGCUCAUUACAUCAUCCGCAAUGCCCCCUCGUUGUGCUGUGAAAGAUGGUACCAUUGUAUGAGUCCCACAGUUAAGAUCGUUUUUCUGAAUUGUUCUCUGCUCAGUGAAUGAAGUAAACUUCAUU